AUGGCAGCAACACCGCAGCCUCUCAGUCUCCCUCCAGUAGAAGGGGACACUUUGAUCUGCUCGCAUCUCCGUACACUUGUCCAGCGGGGCCAGGAACAAGUCGAGCGCCGCUUCGUCGACGUCGUCCGCUGGGGUGCGCUGGACCAAGGUGCCAAGCGUCGUAAAACUGCACCACCUGCGUGCCAUGCAUGUGCUGCACCACUCUCUCAACCGUGGGCCUGCCUGACAUGUGACUUUGUCGGUUGUGCGCCACUGCACGCCUCCACCUCGCGGGCGGCGCGUGACUGUCUCCUCUCCCAUUUUGCGAAUAGCACGCGCUGCGAGUUUGAAGCUGCGGAGCCUGGGACCGGUGCGAUUUUCUGCUCCGAGUGCGACGACUGCAUCUACCCCGACAGCUUUGAGAGCCUGUUCCGCGCCACCCGGAUCCAGGUAGAGGAGGCGCACGACCGCUCGCGCGAGGGUGCAAUCGGCGGACGCGGGCGUGGUCGUGGCCACUGGCGAGCGUGGGAAGGAAAGGUUCCGGAAAAGGUUGCGCGGGCGUCUUGCCGCGGUCUCAGGCCACUCCUGAACCUCUCACAGACAUGCUUUCUCUCGGCGAUCCUACAAGCGCUCAUCCACAACCCGCUACUCAAGGCUUAUUUUUUGAGCGACAAGCAUAACCGACAUGUCUGUCCCAAUGGCGGUCCCCGUGGUUUGGCGGUUGGUAGGCCGACUGGAACGGACGGCGCACCCUCGGAGCGUGAGAAGGGCUGUCUCUGCUGUGAGAUGGACCGAGCGUUUGAAGAGUUCUACGCCGACGACUCGAGCCCGUUCGGACCCAUCACGAUGCUGUAUGCGAUGUGGCACGCCAGCACCGAACUCGAAGGACAUGGGCAGCAGGAUGCGCACUCGUUCUUCUUGGCCGCCCUGGACCAAAUCCAUGCCCAUGCAAAGGGCCAGCUCGCGAGCUGCAACUGUAUCGCGCACAUGACGUUUGCGGGGUCGCUCGUCUCGUCGGUCACCUGCUCGGGAUGCGGGGAGACCAACGCGACAGUCGACCCGAUACUCGACAUCCAGCUCGACUUUCCCUACACUCCGCAGGCCGAGCCUUUGACUCUUGGCGCGCUGCUCCGCCGUUACUGUGCCGAGGAGAAGAUUGGUGACCAUGGUCGGGGUUACGCUUGCGGCCGCUGCGGGGGCGGUAAGGGGGUGACGGCGUCCAAAAAGUUGAGCAUUAAGAAGCUCCCGCCCGUUUUGAGCUUCCAGCUGAAGCGUUUCGCCCACAAUGCGACGAGUAGCAAGGUCGAGACGCCAGUGCGCUUUCCCAGUCACCUCGAUAUGCGGCCGUAUGUCGAGACUGCUGCCGGCCCGGUCUCAAAAGCCCCCAGUGUGGUGGACGGCUCGGUACCAGCCAAGGAGAUUGAUGAGGACGACCUGCCCAGUUCACUGUACAGCUACGACCUGUUUGCUGUCGUCACCCACGAAGGCAAGCUCGACAACGGGCACUACUGGGCGGACGUGCGGUCGGGCGACGAAUGGUGGCACUGCGACGACGACAAGGUCACUCCCACUACUCUGGGCGCCGCUCUCCGGCAGAAUGCUUACAUGCUCUUCUAUGUACGGAGAUCUCUCGCGUAUGGCGAGCGCAUGACGAGCGUUCUCAACAAUGCCCACGGCGCCGGAAAAACGGUCAACGGCAAGGCCAAUGGCGUCGCGAACGGCUCGGCGAGCGGCACUGCGAGCGCGGCUUGA